AAAUAAAAACAGUAAAGAAAAAUAUAUUUCGUUUCGGUUUUUGACUGAUUAUUACGAAAUGUUGGAAGAGAAUAGUGAUGAUAAAAUUAUUCUGCCUCACCACGAGCAGCAGCAGCUGUGUACAACGCGGCUGCCCUACCGCCAAGGCCGCAAACUUACUGCUGUUAAGGUUUAUACUAUCAACAGCGAAUCUAACCACCUCCUAAUAUUCGGUGUCCCGUCCCUCAAUCUGCGACAAGAAGCCAAGGCCCUAUUUCAGAAAUUUGGCAGGUUAAAAUCAUUUAAUUUGGCAAAGGAUUACAAAAGUGAACAGUUUACGGAGACCUACCAUGCUGUUUUCGAGAAAAUACAGUCUGCUAGGAUAGCUAAGAGAAUGUUAGACACUAAAAACUUCUAUGGAGGUUCAUUGCAUGUAACUUAUGCUCCAGAAUUAGAAGAUUUAGAUGAAACAAGAAUUAAAUUGUUGCAAAGAAAACAUGAUGUUUUAACUCGGCUGAGAAACUUGCAGAAUGAACUAGAUACAAUUGUCAAAAAAGUUGAAAUUGAGCCAGAAGUUGAACAAAUUGUGCCAAAACUAAAUAUGGGUGAAACUAAUGUGAUUUCUCAAGAUGGUUCAAUUAGGAAACGAAAACUUAAAGAAUAUGUUGAAGAGAAAAGAUAUAAACCAUGUUUUAUUACUAAUGAAGUUAAAACAAUAGAAGUAGAGGUAAUUAAAAGUCCUUCUAAUUUUGUAGAUAGACUUCCAAAAGUAACCGUAGAAAGGCCUCAUACAUUUGAUACAGCAGAUAAAAACAUAGAAAUAGUAGACUGUACUUCCACAGAUGUAGAAACUAUUACAAAUGUGAAUGAACAUGACAACAUGAAGGAUGGUGUUAAAAUUUAUAAAAUACCAGAAAAACCUUUAAAUAAAAUCAAAUUUAAUGUAAAUAAAAAGAGUUAGAAUUAAAUAA